AUGAGCGAACCACCGAAAGCAAAAAUGACGGACGCGGAGCGCGCGGCGCUUGCGCAGAAGUUGGACGACGACCUGGACCGAUUCAUGGAGGACCUGGCGGCCAAGAAGCGCGCGGAGGGCGACGGCGAGCGCAAGCCGUUCGACUUUGACGAGUGGUGCAAGGACAUCGACAGCCACCCGGCGUUUAUGAAGGAGCUGAAAGGGGACGGCGGCGAAUACUCGGAGACCAUCCAAGCACUACAGGCGAUGAAAUACGACGGCGAGGGCGAGGAGGAUCAAAUCGAAGGCGCGCAACACGAUAAAGAUGAGGGCAACAAGCACUUCAAGCUCAAGAAAUAUCGAUGGGCGACGGAGUGCUACACGCGGGGCCUGAAGCGGAUGUGCGCCGACCGCAAGCUCAACUCGUUGCUCUAUCAAAAUCGCGGGGCCGCGCAACGACACAUCGGAAAUUUACGGUCGGCCGUGCGGGAUUGCGUGUUUUCGCGGCGAUUCGACCCAACAAAUUUGAAGGCCGUCGUACGAGGAGCGGAUUGCUUGCUAGAUCUCGGCUACGGCCAACAGUGCCUCGACUGGAUCGAGUCAAGCCGAAAAAACAAGCUCGAAGGCGACCAAAAGAACUUCGACGCCCUCGACGAAGCCGAAAAGAAGGCGAAGGAGCGCGCGGUGGUCGAGGAGCGGAAUGCGCGCAAGGAGCGCUCGCAGCGCAACAAGGAUCUCGCCGAGAAGAAGAAGAUGCUGGACGCGCUCAAGUCUCGGGCCAUACGCUUCAAGCCGCCGAUCGAUCUCGCGAGCCCCGAACUUUUUGAAUGGAAUUACUUGGAAGCUCAACUGCCGCAGCUACGAGAACAUCAACGGGUCGCGUUCAACGAAGAGGGCAAGCUGACGUGGCCCUUGUUAUUGCAGUAUCCCGAGACUGGCCAAAUCGACGUGCUGACCGAGUGCGCUGAAGAUGUGGUCAUCGGCGAGCUGAUGGCCCGUGUACUAGAAGAGCCGGCCGAAUGGGACACCGAGCACGCCUACAAAAUGGCCGACGUCUCGUUCUUCGUCUCCGACGAGUACGACGAAUACGUGAUGGAGGUCUACCCGUGGAUGGAGUUUGGCAAGAUCCUCACCAUCCCCGGCGUCUCCAUCAAGCGCGGGCUGCCCGUGAUGAUGGUCUACACGAAUCGCAAGGUCGAGAAGUCGUUCAAGCGCGAGGGCGAGGAGAACAAAUGGGUGAGGACCUCGUGCAGGCCCGACGCGCCGCCGACCGCGAGGAGUGGGAAGCUUACUGGAAGCUUCGCGACCUCAACUCGCGCGGGACGAUCUACCCCCCGGAUUCAAUACUACGUGCAGCGGACCUUCGACCGCCCGGCCAGCUGGUUCAGAGAAAAGAUUGUCGAGCCCAACAACGACGGCGGGCGUCUACCGUACUACCACCGCAAGCUGACCCGCGUGCCCGAGAUUGACGAGUGCGGCGUGAAUGACAAGGGUUGCUUCUUCGAGGCCAACGAACAAUACCGAUUGGACAAGCUCGUCGACGGCUACAUUCUUCAGACCCUUCGAAAUCGGGUGGACCGAUGCAUGGUGUACAACAACCCCGACUUCAAGAAGUGCGCACCGGAGAUGGAGGAGAACGAGCUCAACUUCUUCGUCAAGUACGGCGAGCUGGGGUCCGAGGCUGAUGUGCGGGACGUCUACAUGAAGCAGAAGCACCGCCUCGUCUGGGAACGGCGCCACCCCGAGAUUAUGGACGCGCGAAAGCAGGCCUUGGAAGAUCAUAAGGCCCGCCUCGCCUCCGGCGAAUUCGACUACUCCUUCUGGAAGAAGGGCAUGUUCUACCAAGACAAGAAGAACUACGAGUUCCCCUACGAGUUCUACAUGCAAAAGUCGGCGGUGGAAGGGGACAAGCCGCUGUCGAAGGAUUGGGACUACUACAAGAAGGUCGCCCAGGACCCCGAGUUCGACAAGCAGCAGGGCAAAACCUCCAACGUGCACAUCAUC